AUGAUAUCUUGCUACUCACCGACAAAACAAGCGAUCACAAAGGUCUCAAUAUUUGCACAGCUCUUUGAUGCGUUUGAAGAAACAAGUCAGCAUGAGUCGCAUAUUGCGGAAACGGGAAUACUUUUUUACCGACAUAUUAGAACCCUUCUAGAAAGCUCGAAAACAUUUGAUGUGAACUCUUGUGAAGAGAUUCUUGCCAAAUUAAAAUCCUUUUUGACGCAAACAAAAGACUCUAUUUCUCUCCUUCAAGAUGAAAAUAGGGAGGUAUUCUCAAACGAUCUUUUUCGGGAAUUAUCAGAGGCAGCUUCUCAAAUAGAUGCCAUUGCAGCACAGCUGAAGAAAGAGCAAAAAUCCGUUGUGAUUGAUUCAACGCUUGGAGUCACCGAUGCAUUGACAUUGCUGAUGAAAUAUGCCACCCUUUGUCAAGAGGAAAUUGUAAACAGCGGAGGAAAAAGCGUAAACGCAAAAUACUAUUUGAAAGACUCAAAAUGGACGGAGGGGCUUAUUUCUGCCGCAAGGACAGUUGUCUCUUCAAUGGCGUUUUUAGGCGAGGCAUCCAAAUCAUACUCUUCUUCAAAUGGGUUUGAGGGCCAAGUUGAAAGCGUCCUAGUUGGUGCAAAAGAAGUUGCAGCUGGGACCAUUCAACUAGUAACAGCAGCAAGGGUAAAGGCCACCAAUUUAUUUUCUCCAAACCAGCUGGGCCUUGAAAAUGCUUCAAAGCAAGUUGCCUCCACGACAUCUUCUUUGGCGUCUGUGGCAAAAAAGGCGUAUAUGCAGCAAUUUACCAUGUCCGAAGAAGCAACUUCCAGAAAUCCUGAAGACUUGGAGGCAUCAAAUUCCCAUCAGUUGACCAUUGCGGAACGGAACCAACAAAUCGAAAUAAUGGGGCUCGAAUCCAAGCUUUCCCAAGCGAGAGCCAAAUUGACUCUUAUCAGAAAAAAGGCUUACAACAAAAACUGA